AAGAAAUAAAUAGUCAGGGUCCAAGCCAAAUUUCACUCAUUUCCUCCAGGAGAGCAGGACUACAUCACCUGUUUUGGAGAACAUUGUCAAUAAAAAAAGCAAAGACGACUUUUUUUUUUUUAUGAAUGGAUGGAUGUUCUGUAGACUCUGCUGGUUCUGUGUAUAAAUCUGUACAUUUUUGUAUCAUGUUGGAGUGCAACUCGGAAGCUAAACAGCACGGCCAGCGCGUCAUUUCCGGCACUCUACCAAAAUGGCGGCUCCGAGUAGCGGCGGUACCUCUAAGCGCCUGGUGCAGUAUGUUGUAGUUCGGUCGGAUUUGAUACGUGCCUUGUCGUGGCCUUUAGGAGCGGUUAUCACGCAGGCCUGUCACGCAGCUACCGCCGCCAUUCACUUGAACUACAGCGACCCGGACACGCAGGAAUACCUGUCUGACCUGGACAACAUGCACAAAGUGGUGCUGCAGGCAGCCGAUGAAGCGAGUCUGACCCAUUUAUCCACAACGCUCAGUGAAAAUGGUGUUGCGCACAAGCUGUGGACGGAGCAGCCGGAGAACUUUCCCACCUGCCUGGCCCUGAAGCCUUACCCGAAGGAAACCGUACAGCACUUUCUGAAAAAGUUCAAGCUUUUUAAAUGAGUGGAAGGGACGUGGUUUCAUUUCUUUACAGAUGUACAGAACAUUAAUAAAAAAAUAUUUUUA